AUGGAGUCCUCAGAAAAGGUUCUGCUGUGUAAAAAAUGCAAGGCUAAGGCGGUCAUAGAAGCGCGUUCAGAUGCCUUUUGCGAAGCCUGUUAUAUCCGCAGCAUCGAAAACAAAAUACGUCGUCAGUUUGAGCUGCUACGGCCAAAUCUGGUGGACAAGUGCUCAAAAAAAGCACUGGUUUGCGUAUCGGGAGGUUUAAACUCGAUGGCUAUGUUGGAAACGGUGUACUACCUUUCAAGCUAUCGUGAAGACAAUUAUCGACCCAUGUUUGGUGAUUUGAUUGCCGUACACUUGCAGUUGCCUACCUCGACAGUCGAAGAAGAAGACAUGAUCCGUACGGUCAUUAAGCAAAAAUACCCGAAAUGCGCCUAUGUCUAUGUUUCUGAGCACGAAUACAUGUCUCAGUGUACGUACGUGAAUGCUUUGGGUUCCCAAGUUCGGGAACCAGCUGUAAGCACUGCUGAGACCGAACAGACAAAUUUCUUAAAUGUCUCAUCGACGACUUCUAGACAGGAUCUACUUCAUAGAAUGCGUGAUCGCGUGCUGUUACAGUUGGCGCAUGAGAAUCAUUGCGACACUCUUGUGUAUGGAGACAGCGCCAGUACGUUGGCAGCUAAAACUUUGGAGCUUGUAGCAGAGGGACGGGGACAUGCAAUCCCUGCAUCAACAGGUGUGUGUACUCGGCCUGCUGUUGCUCCUGACGUUGCUAUUUUGCGGCCUUUGCGUGAAGUUUUGGAGCAAGAGCUCCGAAGCUACAUGGGCAUGAAAGGCCUGCAGUUUGUGUCUCGGGAACUCGAUUCACGACUGACAACAAUGUUUGAUGUAUCGAAGAACUACUUUCUCAACCUUGGUGAGCAAUUCCCCAGUCUCGUGAGCACAAUUGUUCGUACGAGCGGGAAGCUCUCUGCACCUCAGGACGGCGUAUGCUGUCGCCUAUGUCUUCUGCCCAUGCAAGAGAACACACAUUCCUGGUUGAAUAGUACGACCGUCCAGCAUCCUACGAAUCUUGAGCUGUCGGAUGAAGCUUGUAAACAACAGAGGGACGACGUUUGUUAUGGCUGUAUGGUUUCGCUUGGUGGCUUGAAGGCGCCUUUAGCUUGGCCUCGGUUUGUAGCCAAGCAAUCUUGA